AAAUGGAUCAACCUAAAAGGAAAUCUCUUGCUGGUCCUAUGCUCCUAGCUGCUGCCCAGCCCACCCACGAAGUUGCUGCAGGAUUAAGUCCUUCGAAAAAAGCUGAUCAAGAAACAGGAGAAGGAAUAAAAGGUCCAGCUGAAACAGGGGGUUUCAAAAAAACCAAAGGACCUAAGGAUACAACAACAAUAGAAGGUAGAGCAAUCAUUACUGGAAGCGCAGAAUGUACAGCAGAUCAGCUCUGUUGUCAAUAUAAUGAAGAUUUCACCAUGUAUGCAGGUGGUGGAGUUGAUGGCAAUUUGAAAAUUUUUGAAAGUGACUCGAAUGAAUUACUCAUGACCUUGGCAGAUAAUGAAGUUCAAGGAAGAACUGCUUCAGUGACUUGUGUAAAGCACAGACCAGUAACAAAAAAUUAUCCAAUUAAUAACUGUUAUACAUGCACUUAUGUUAAUGGUUUGGUAAAAUGUUGGAACUACAACUUCAAACAAUGUAUUUACACUAUUCGGGAGAAUCGGCAGACCUAUGGUUUAGCAUAUCAUCCAAGAUUGCCAAAAUUCAUUACUUAUGGUGAUAAUAUGAAAAUAUAUCUUUAUGACGAAGAAACGAAAGUCCAAGAGCGUGUUUUGCAAGCAAGUGAUAGAAAAGAAUCUCAUGACGGUCCAAUAUCUAGAGUUUUCGCUGGUCGAUUCAAUCCAAGAUCAAAUUAUGAAUUUUUAACUGGAGGUUGGGACGAUUUGGUGCAUCUUUGGGACCUACGAGCCCCCCAUGCAGUCAAACAUAUUUCAGGAGUACAUUUAUGUGGAGAGGGUUUAGAUAUCAAUAAAAGAGGAACAGAGAUCCUUACUUGUUCUUGGCGUAAGGAAGAGCAGCUUCAGCUAUGGGAUUACUCCUCGUUCAAAAUUAUUUCGACAUUUUAUCCUGACGUACAUGCCUGCAAGCUUUACUGUGGACGUUUCAUGAAUUCAGACUUUUUGUGCUGUUGUGGGGGUGAUCCAGCAUUGCUCCGUGUUGUAGAUCUCCAAACAUCCUACUCGGCUGUUAUAAUCCAUAGUCUACCGUCUGCAGUAUAUCACCUGAAUGUAGGGCCCCAAAAAGGAUCGAAAGCUAACAAACCUCAGGUUGAAGAGGAAGUACGACAGAAGGCAGAUAUAAGUCGUGUACCUAAACUAUGUUAUACAUGUGGUCGAAAAUUGAUACAAUUAGAUUUUGUUUAACUUUUGA